UACACACACUUGCAGCUCAGUCUCCCUAGGAGACGCAGGCUACCAGCAUGACAGUGCAACAUCUACUCUAGAGCCACAACUGCAUGACUCUAUGAUUAUAAGCACCAGGCGGGGAGUGAGCGUGAGAGAGGCUGAGGAAGAGAGAGAGAAGUUUGUCAGUUGUCAGAAGGAGAGACGUCAGAGCAGGAGAACAGAAGAUAUCAAGAACUAAAGAGGAGCUGUGGGGGGACAGCAGAGAUGCGCGUAGGAAUGAAGUGGGUUUGGCGGAGGAGUUGAGCCGUGUUGCUCACCCACACACUUUCCAAACCUAUAGGACCCCCAAGGAAGGAGGAGAGAAUGAAGAAACACUCGGCCAGAGUGGCCCCUCUCAGCUCAUAUAGCACCCAGGUGCUCACCUGCCCCAUCUCUGAAGGAGAAGAUGGUUCAGAGUCACACGCAGAGACUCCAGUCAGUGAAACCAGUGGUGAUGGAUCUGCAUAUCAGACCUGCGCCACCACAGUCCUGAAGGUGCUGGGUGGCCUGCUUGUGGUUCUGUGCGUCUCCUCGUCCUGGGUGGGCACAACGCAAGUGGUCCAGCUGACAUAUAAGUCCUUUUCCUGUCCCUUUUUCAUCACCUGGUUCAGCACCAACUGGAACAUCCUCUCCUUUCCCCUCUACUACUCUGGGCACGUGGCCACCACCAGAGAGAAGCAGACGCCCAUUCAAAAAUUCAGGGAAUGCAGUCGGCUGUUUGGAGAGGAAGGCAUGUCUCUGAGGGUCCUUCUGAAGAGAACAGCACCUUUCUCCAUAUUAUGGACGUUGACUAACUACCUGUACCUCCUGGCGCUGAGAAAACUAACCGCUACGGAUGUCUCAGCACUCUACUGCUGCCACAAAGCCUUUGUCUUCCUGCUGUCAUGGAUCGUCCUCAAAGAUCGUUUCAUGGGUGUGCGGAUUGUGGCUGCCAUUAUGGCAAUCACAGGGAUUGUCAUGAUGGCAUAUGCUGAUGGUUUCCAUGGGGAUUCAUUCAUGGGUGUGGCCUUUGCAGUUGGCUCCGCCUCCACCUCAGCGCUCUACAAGGUGCUGUUUAAGAUGUUCCUUGGCAGUGCCAAUUUGGGCGAGGCAGCUCAUUUCUUUUCCACGAUGGGUUUCUUCAACCUCAUCUUCAUCUCCUGCGUUCCUUUGAUUCUCUACUUCACCAAAGUGGAGCACUGGGGUUCCCUGUCCUCCUUGCCAUGGGGUUACCUUUGUGGGGUGGCCGGCCUCUGGCUAGUUUUCAACAUCCUGGUCAAUGUAGGAGUGGUGCUCACAUAUCCUAUACUCAUAUCCAUUGGGACGUUACUCAGUGUUCCAGGCAAUGCAGCCAUUGAUGUGCUGAAGCAUGAGGUCAUCUUCAGUGUUGUGCGUCUGGCUGCCACCUGCAUCAUCUGCCUGGGUUUCCUGCUGCUUCUGCUCCCUGAAGAGUGGGAUACGGUCACCGUGCGCUUCCUCACCGCCCUGGCAGACAAGAAACCAGAGGAGCACGGCGAGGAGCUCACAGAGUCCAGCAUCCAAACGCGCAGCCGGAGCAGAGCCAACGGAGCCGUAUUAAUCCCUAUGGCAUGACCUUUAAGCUUGCUGUGACCUGGGAAUGAGUAGCCCGCGGUCCAUUUGCCACGAGGCAAAGUGAAUGAUUGUAUUUACUGUUUUGGAAAAGAAUAGGGAAAAUGUUUUGACAAACAGCAGAGAAAAUAUGUUACAUUAUUUAAUAAUAACAAAACAAUCCGAUCAAAAGAGCGAAAUUGAGAGUUGAGAAUAUGCUGUUACUAAUUGAGUGUUCUGAGAAUAGCAUCCCACUCUCUUAUAACAGGGAUAUUUACUGACAGUAUUUUUUUAUUUAAUUUUACAGAAGAGAUGUAAUAUUCUCUUCCUUGUGAGGGCCUGACAUUUCUGUUGGGAGAUAAACUCCUAUGGUAUAAUACAUAAAAGUGAAUGAACUUUCGACGAUCUCCCUCUGCACGCAAAACCCGCAUCCCAGCCAGGCCUCCCAAUGGACUGUAUUCUGUGAAUAUAGACUUUGUCAGGGCCAGUUUGGCUCACUGUAAACAUGAAUGCAUUCAGAGAUAUACUGUAUAUGAACAUGAAAUAUGAAAUUAUUUGCAUUGUACGUAGUAGUAUUAUAUUGUAUAUACUGUAUGUAGGGAAAAUAUAUUAUGCUUUAAUGAACAAGACUUCUUUUAUAAUAAAAGAUAAAAAUAAAGAUAUUUA